GCUAUUUUCUGAAAAUGAACUGAUGGAGAUUUUUUUCGCGAAACAUAAUUAUUUUAUGUUUCAGUUCCAUCAAAAAUGGAGACCCCAAAGGUAAUAUCAAUUGGAGAUAGCUCCAUAGAGAUAACAUGGCGUGCCCCGUCCUCUCCAGGUGUCGUUAUCGUCAGUUACCAGAUAUCGUACACUCAACAACCCGGCCAGUGGGAAGAAACAGUGACUGGUGCAGAUAUUACUAGUAAAACAAUUGACAAUUUGCAGUUCAAUUCCACGUACAUGAUUCGAAUACGUGCCAAAACUGCUGUUGGCUAUGGCGAGUAUAGUGAUCCAAUUCAGGCAACAACGAGUAUGGAAAAAGGCGUCUCAAUUCAGCCAAAUAACCAGAAUAAACUAUAUAGUAUAAAUGGUGGAGCUGUAGCAGGAGGUGUGUUGGGGGUUCUGGUCCUGGUGGCGGUAGUUGUGGUUGCUGUUGUCGUAUACAAGAGGUAAAUUUAUAUUCAUAUACAUGAUUACUUAAGCUAAUGUAAAUGAAAUUAUGUAUGAAUGCAUGGGUAUUUGCGUAUCCAACAAAAGUACAUCUUACAGAGAGGUCAAACUUAUA